AGAUACAUAAAUAUAUGCUUUUGAAAAAUAUUGUGGUACAGCAAUAUUUCAUCUCUGUAUUGUGGUACGUUACGAUAUACCUGUGCAUUACGAUAUACCUGUUUUCCGAUAUUUUGUGACAGCCCUAUCACUCGCCAAGUUCAAUUACAAUGGAAUCAGUAGUUACACUAUAUUUCAUAUAAAACAAAUGCUAAAUUAUGAAGUCAUUGAAAAGAUAUAUUUAUUGCAAAUUGUUUAUAUGCAACCAAAUAUUUUAGUAUCAAAAAUCUUAAUUAACUGCCAUAUAUAGCUACCAUUACAGGUAUAUUUCAAUCUUGUUAUCCUAUGCAAAUUUAAUUAAGGCAACUGUUUUUCUACGGACUAUAUCUAUGUUUGUACUUCCUUUCCUGUAGAAUUUUGGACAAAAUCAAAUUCCUGCAUACAAUUGGAGCAAUGAGAGACCCAGGAUAAUUAAGUUUCAACCGUACAUGUAUAUUAAUAGAACCAGUGUAUUUCAACAAAUUCACUGUCAGAACCACAGAAAUAUCAACGGUCCAGCUGGCUGUGUUUGGUCCAACCAGGUUCCACUAGAUGUGUUAUUAUAAUUAUACAACAAUAAUUAAGCUAAGUAUUAAAGUACCAAAAUGUUAUGGUCUUUAAAGAAAAUAGAGUAAACUAUUGUAUAAUUUAUACACAUAUAUUAUAUAAUCACAAUAAACAGUAGAUUUCGCUGACUAUCACACUUCUCAUUUGUCAAAGGAAAACAUGAUGUUAACUUGAACGUGACAUUAAGUGACGUGACAUUAAGUGAAAUGUAUUGUACUACAUAACACAUGAUACCUAUAAUUUGUAUUGAUAGAAUACCAUUAAUCUCCAAAGAAAUACUAUUUAUCUCCAAAAACUUGUUAAUUCUCAAAAAAAGUCUGAAUGUAUUAUAUAAUUACCUGUGAUUCAAAUAUACCUAUAUACCAUAUCGAUUUACAUGUAUGUACAUUUCAAUUGAACAUUAUUUGUCAACAUUGAAUAGACAUCCAUAUAAAGAUAUUUCACAGCUUCUUACAAAAAUACCACAAAACUGACUGACAUGCCCAUACACUUCAAGUUCAAUCGGGAACCGUCAGCACUCUAUCGACCCUAAACAAGAAAAUACUUUAAUUUCUCGUUUACAGAAAGUGCCGACAUUUCCUGGUUGUAUACACUUAAGCUUAAGGUAAUGUCCAUACCAAAAAAGGCUGUAGGUAUAUAGUGCUUUAUAUCAGAAAAGGACUUGGUGCCUUUAUAAUAUAUACACUGUUUUGGCUACAUGUAUAUUGGUACAGUUAUCAGAAAAGGCUAGCAGGCAUUUACACAAUGUAGUUACAGCUAUAGUCUUUAUCAGAAAAGGCUAGCAGGCAUUUACACAAUGUAGUUACAGCUAUAGUCCCUAUCAGAAAACGUAAAGAAAGAGCACAGAGAAAUGACUAUUAUAUUGUUAUACCUUUAGUAUGUGGAAAAGUCUUUGACGUUUGUUUAGGAGGCCUAAGGGUGUGGUAAAAACCCUGUCGCUGGGCUUAUAACUGACAUGGAAUAUGGCCAUGUUUACUUCACUUCAUAUAUAUACAUGUGAUCUGGACAUUAUAACUGAUAUGGUAUACGGUCAUGUUUACUUCACUUCAUAUACAUGUGAUCUGGACAAACUUUCUUUAAGCAUAAAGUACAAUGGAUGUCAGUACAUCAGAACCUAGAUCUAUAGCCUGAUUCUUGAAACUCAAUAAUGUCUGGGAUAAAUGUCAAAGCAUACUCAUGAUAUUAAACAUAUAUCAUGAUCAAGCCACCAUGUUUAGAGAGGGACUUGGUUGUACAAUUUAAGUAGUGUAAGCAUUAAGUUUGGUAGUAUGGACUUAUAACGUCAAAUUAAUUUUAUCAACUAUUUUACUUCCUCUUAAUAUAGUAUGUAUGCACAUAUACACACAAUCAUUUUCCAUCAGAUUUCAAACAGGAAAUGAAUAAAGAUCUACUUCAUGUGUAUAAAAAUUGCAUCAUGGUUGAAGUCCGGAUAUAUACAUUGUAACCCGCACUCUUUCCUUAUGACUUGUUAUAACCAUGGAGACACAGAAUGGAGAAUCAGGGUAUGUGGAGAUCUUGCAGAAGUCCCAGCGUCCCUUCAAUCCGCUUGUUGUCAUUGAAUUCACAGCAGGUGUAAAACAGGCAGCCAUUGAAUGGAUUGUGGCUAAAAUUCAGAAGUCGAAGGCCGCAGGGGGCGCAGAGCUGGACGUCAAUGCCGUGGUCAUGCACCAUAAACAGGGUAUCACUGUUGAUCCCAACCGGAAAGGGGAAACAGUUCUGUAUGUAGGGGGCAGCACAGAGCGGUUGCUAUGGGCAGCAGACAUGAUGGAUAUUAAGAAGGAAUACCGUGAUGGUUACCAUCAUGAGUUUUCUGUCGAUGAUGUCACCAAUUUCAGAGGAUCAAAGGACCUAGACAGCUUCUUAACAAUGGCUGAGAAGCAGAAAAUUAUACUCCAUGAACUAGAGGCGGUCAGGGCCACAGAAGAUGACACUGCUAUAGCAGGCUAUGAGAGGUUCAGACUGUUGUCUGGAAACAGCAUCAUAAAGAAAUAUGUGAGUAAUGGAAUCAUUGCCAAGAUGUACCCACUUCACGAUGAAGAGGAGAUCAAACGUCUCGGAGCAGAGUGGUACCAGCUGAAGAAGUUCGCGAACGAACAGCCGAUUUACCAAAUCCGUGAUUAUUUUGGUGAGAAAAUCGGCAUGUACUUUGCUUUCCUGGGCUUCUAUACAGUAGCCCUCAUCCCGCCUGCCUUCAUAGGGAUUCUUUAUCUGGUCACGUCAUGGAAAAGCAUGUACCGGGAGGCCAUCUUUGCUGUCUUCAAUCUCAUCUGGGCUACAAUUUUCCUGGAGGCAUGGAAACGUUACUGCUCUGAGUUGUCGUUCAAGUGGGGACAGGCUCAGGACGUGGAACUUAACCGAUCACAAGAGCCACGAGCAAUGUAUCAUGGCACCAUGGAUAAAAACCCUGUGACAGGCAAGCCAGAGCCACGCUAUCCAAAGUACAAACGGUCGCUGAGGUUCUACGGAGUUACAGUUCCUGUUGUUGGAUUCUGUCUCAUGGUGGCGUUCUAUCUCAUGUUGGGAUAUUUUUAUUUACAGGCAUGGGCUGAUGAGGUGUACGCCAAGGACAAGACGUGGCUGAACAUGACUUUAAUCUACAUGCCCACCGCUAUUUACGCAGUCAUCAUUGGCAUUGUCAACAAUUUCUACAGGAAGAUCGCCAAAAUACUCAAUGAUUUCGAAAACCAUCGACUCCAGUCUUCCUACGAUAAUCAUCUGAUCGUCAAACUCAUUCUGUUUGAUUUUGUCAACUGUUUCAUCUCACUGUUUUAUGUGGCAUUCUACCUUCAAGACAUGACACUCCUCCGCAGUCACCUGGCAGCCCUCCUGGUGACCCAGCAGGUGAUUGGCCAGGUGAGAGAAGCAAUGGUCCCGUUCAUCUUCGUCCGCCGUAGGAAACAGCAGGUGGAUAAGGUGAUGCAAAAGGAAGCAGCCAUACAAAAGGUGGAAUACUUCAACGGGGAGAUGGACCAGACUAUACAGAAACAGGUCAACCUGGAAUCGACGAUGGACGAGUACGAGGGCACAAUGGACGAUUAUCUGGAAAUGUUCCUCCAGUUUGGCUACGUUUUCCUGUUCUCCUCCGCCUUUCCUCUGGCUGCUUUCUGGGCUCUGCUCAACAACGUCACCGAGAUCAGAUCUGAUGCAUUCAAGAUGUGUCGAGUGUUCCAGAGGCCGUUUGCUGAAUCAGCAUCAAACAUUGGAGCGUGGCAGGUUGCCUUUGAGGUUAUCAGUGUCAUUGCUGUGAUCACCAACUGUGCCUUGAUAGGAAUGGAUCCGGAGGUGAAGAAACUGCUACCUUCAGACAUCAGUGCUGUAAACAUUGUCAUCAUCUUUGUUGCUGUCGAGCAUGUGAUCUUGGCUGUGAAGGGAGCGGUGGCCUAUUGUAUCCCCGAUACACCCAAAUGGGUAGAAAUUGAACUGGAGAAAAUGGCUUUCCAGUCCAAACAGGCUCUACAUGCUGAGAGAAUGGCUGCUGCAUCAAGUCAACAGAAGAAGCUAGGAGAUUUGCUCAAGCUGGAAACCAGAGAAACGUCCAUUUAAGUUUUAAACUGUCUUCCUCGCUCUCCUUAUUCUUUCAAUUAUUGUUUCGUAUUGUUAUAUAGUUUCUCCUUGUUCUUCAUGAAUAGUUCCGUACGUUUAUGAUAGGUUGAAAAAGCUUUAUAGAACAGUUAUACUUUAUAUUACCUUGUUGUUUAAUAAUAAAUAUUUAAGAAAUGUAGUAUAUAAUAAUAU